GUCCAGUAGAGAGGAAGGCCGAGAAAGAAAGCCGGAGGAAACGGGACUCCAGCCAGGAGGUCUCCUGACUCGCCAUGGAGUCCACGCUGAGCGCGGGCAUCAUGAUGGCCGAAGCACUACAGAACCGGCUUCCCGGGCUAGAGAAUAUGUGGCUCUGGGUCACCUUUCUGGGCGAUCCCAAGAACCUCUUUCAGUUCUACUUCCCCGCGGCCUACUACGCCUCUCGCCGCCUGGGCAUCUCCGUAUUUUGGAUCACCUUCAUUGCUGAGUGGCUCAACCUCGUCUUCAAGUGGUUUCUGUUUGGAGACAGGCCCUUUUGGUGGGUGCAUGAAUCCGGGUACUCCACCCAGACUCCAAUCCAGAUUCACCAGUUUCCUUCUUCUUGUGAGACUGGUCCAGGCAGCCCCUCUGGCCACUGCAUGAUCACAGGUGCGGCUCUUUGGCCUGUAAUGACGGCCAUUUCUUCUCAGGUGGCCUCUCGGUCCCGCAGCCCCUGGGUGAGGGUGAUUCCUAGCCUGGCUUAUUGCACCUUCCUAUUGGCAGUCGGCCUCUCUCGGGUCUUCCUCUUAGCACAUUUCCCGCACCAAGUGUUGGCUGGCCUUAUAAGUGGUGCUGUCCUUGGCUGGCUGAUGAGCCCCCGGGUGCCCAUGGAGCGGGAACUUAGCUUUUAUGGGUUGACUGCCCUGGCCCUCAUGCUGGGUGCCAGCCUCAUGUAUUGGACUCUCUUUACACUGGGCCUAGAUCUUUCCUGGUCCAUAAACCUGGCUUCCAAGUGGUGUGAACGGCCCGAGUGGGUGCACAUGGACAGUCGGCCCUUUGCCUCACUGAGCCGCGACUCGGGAUCUGCCCUGGGUCUGGGCAUUGCCAUCCACACUCCCUGUUAUGCCCGGAUACGGCGGGCACACCUAGGAAAUGGCCAGAAAAUAGCUUGCUUUAUGCUGGCCAUGGGGCUGCUGGUCUUCCUGGAAUGGCUGGGCCACCCACCUCAGAUCAGCCUCUUCUAUAUCUUCAACUUCCUCAAGUAUACCCUCUGGCCAUGCCUGGUCUUGGCCCUUGUGCCGUGGGUGGUGCAUACAUUGAGCGCCCAGGAAGCACCGCCCAUUCGCUCCUCUUGAUGUGUUUUGACUUGCUUGCCCCAAAGACAACACUCCUUGACCACCACACUCUAAGAGACAGCCCUUUUCCUGGGCUCUGGAGCUGGCCCGCUCACCUUAAACUUCAUUUCUGUCUCAUGCUUUGCAGUCUUAGCCCCCUUUAAAGAAGGACCUCUGUUUCCAGGAGGUGGAGCCUUUCCCCAGGUCCCCACAAAGCAAAAGCAACAGGGGGCCCAGUGGGGAGGGGGAGCUGGGUUCCUGACACUGACAAGCUGAUCAGGAAGGACCCAAUAAAGCCCUUGAAACUUC